ACUUCCUCCGAAGAGCUCUUUAAAUAAAUUUAAUAUUUUCUUAGACAAAAACAAUAUAAUUCGCGUUGGAGGUCGCCUUAAUAAUUCACAGUUUUUAUAUGAUAAAAAAUAUCCUAUUUUAAUACAGUCCACACAUCGUUUUACUAAAUUAUUAUUUCAACAUGAACAUAAACGUCUUAUGCAUGCAGGCCCCCAGCUUCUUUUGGCCACAAUUAGAGAAAUGUAUUGGCCCAUAGGUGGUCGCAACCUAGCAAGGAUAUGCUACCAUCAAUGCGUGCUAUGUCGCCGCAUGAAGGGUCAAACCGUCAACCCUAUAAUGGGGAACUAUCCACAGCAGCGUCUCGUUGUAGGAGAACACCCAUUCACUAGCGUAGGGGUGGAUUAUGCUGGUCCUAUCACCGCAGCAAGUCGUCAAGGUCGUGGUUGCAGAUUUGUAAAGGUUUACAUUGCCAUUUUCAUUUGCUUUACGACUAAGGCUAUUCAUUUGGAGUUAGUUGGUGAUUUAACGAGCAAUAACUACUUGUCGGCAUUGCGUAGAUUUAUAGCGCGAAGAGGAAAACCCUCUAAUAUGUACUCCGACAAUGGUACCACCUUUGUAGGUGCUUAUAAUGAGCUCUCUAAAUUUCUAAAAAGCAACUGUGAUUCGAUUGCUGAAGGUGCAGUCAAUGAAGGCAUUAAUAUUCAUUAUAUACCGGCGUACAGUCCUCAUUUUGGGGGAUUAUGGGAGGCUGGUGUUAAGUCGACCAAGUAUCACUUAGUGCGCGUGCUGGGAAAUUGUCAUUUAACGUACGAGGAGCUUAACACAACUUUGGUUCAAAUUGAAUCCCUGUUAAAUUCACGGCCUCUGACCCCGCUGUCAUCGGAGCCUGACGACCUGAUGCCACUAACACCAGGACAUUUUCUGAUUGGGAGACCAUUCACAUCGUUACCAACAAGUGACCUCACAGAUCAGUGUACAAGCCACCUAAGUCGUUAUCAACGGAUUGAGCAGUUACGUCAACACUUUUGGAACAGAUGGUCCAAAGAGUAUAUAUCUGAGUUACAGACAAGGUCUAAAUGGCAGUUGACGAAAAGUGAGGUGACAAUGGGAUCAUUAGUAGUGGUAAAGGAUGAUCAUCUACCACCAUUGAAAUGGCGCUUUGGUCGCGUUGUGGGAGUUCACCCAGGAUCUGAUGGAGUGACAAGGGUCGCAGAUGUUAAAUGUUCCAACGGGAUACUCCGACGUGCUGUCACCAAGAUCUGUCCACUGCCAAUCUGCACUGAGGAUGCUGAAGGUGGUGGGAAAUAGGUUUUCCCACGGGUGGGGAUAUGUCGACGCCUGCAGCUUUAAACCAGCAAAGUUUAUAUUUACAUGUUUAAUGUAUUUUUGUAAGGGUUUACUGUUAUGUCCUUCUUGUUCAAUUACACGUGCGUCAGCAAGCAAUAAA